GAGGCCCAAGACUGCUUUGUUGGUCUGUCCUCAGGUCCGGUCCUGGUUGCGGCACGCGCACCGGUUCCUUCCGGCAUGAGAUGUCGUACGCGUACCAGCUCCUUUUGGCACGGGAUGCGGCAUGUGUGUUGGCUCCUUCAGCACGGGACACGGCACGUGUACCGAUUCCCUUCGGCAUGGGAUUUCGCACGCGUACCACCUCCUUUCGGCAUAGGACGCGGCAUUCGUGUCGGCUCCUUCAGCACGGGACACGGCAAGCGUACCGAUUCUCUUUGGCACGAGAUGCGGUACACGAGUCUGAGCCCUUCGAAAAACGAUACGAUAAUAAAGUCGUAGUUCUACUGAAUACACAUUCCGUGCCGAAGGGAGUUCUGCCGAAUGCACUGUCUAUGCCGAAGGCAUUGCUAGAAAAGACAUUCUACCAAAUUCACCGCAGUGAUCAUGACGAGGACGAAUAUAAGAAUGCUGUCGAAGACCUAGUCAUGAGGAGUGGGCCGAAGACAAAGACGUACGUUCUAAAAUGA